AUUUUACAAUUAGCAACCCUAUGUGGUAAAAAAUUUUAACAAUAGAACAAUGAAUGAAAAUCUUUUUCACGUCAUGAAUUAAAAUUGUAAAGCUUUCAAUAAAAUAAAUAACUAAUUAUUUUUAAUGUCCAUAAGACGUAAUUUUCAUCGCUGCGAGCUAAUGAACUUGAGCUCUUCCGUCUCGGAUCGUAAAUGUUGUGAAAUGACGUGGCCUUUGAUUUCCGCUGUGUAAAUGAACCUCGCAAGCCUGUAUUGGCAACGUCCAUAAAUGUGUGGUGUCUCCGGUGUAAUGUCAGCUGCGGCUAGCAAGCGGCACGGGCGGGGACCGGUAUCGAUGCGGAUGCGCGCGCAUCCCUUCGCGCCCUCGCCUUCGAUUUUCCAUGCCAGGGCGACGGUGGCGGCGCGUUGCAUAACUGUGUGGCGGCACUCCGCGCGCGACCCCGAACUGAGCGCCCGCCGAGAGCGCGCUACACGCGCAUACACGCGCCACCUCGCGCCCUUUACGUAACGCGCGACCAGAGCUCGACUGUAAGCGGAAAAACGGCUCGUUUCAUCGGCAAAGAUUUCCAGUGAACCGAGAUAAGUGUGAUUCGGUCGGCCCUUGGAGGAGACAGUUCGGCGGGUGCGACGGCGGCAAGCUGAAGGACGCGUGUGGAGGUGUAAUUCAGAUGUUGCGCGCGCACCAAAGCUGGGUAGGGGAGAGUGAGCCAGCGGGCGAUGCGGCCAACACCUCGCGCGCCCUCUAGACCUACACCCACCUCUAGCCACUGCAUUUUACACGGUCGGUCAUGAAAAAUCUUGCCCAUUUUCUGGCUGUUCCUAUCAGCGAAAACGUGGUAACUGUCAUCUAUUCAGCAGCCGCGGCCACACUGCACUUAAGGAUCACAGAAGGGCGGUCUGACCGAACGUGGUCAGCGGGAGAACGCGGGCGUAGAGAGUGCGGCCGCGCGCGUUUCCCGCACCACACACACCCGCCCAUUCACUGUUAGCAGUAGACAGUUCACUCGGGGGGAGUUCGAUAGACAAUGUCCGAGGACUUGGACUCGAUCAGCGAGGAAGAACGAAGCUUGUUCCGACCCUUCACACGAGAGUCUCUGGCCGCAAUCGAAGCCCGCAUAGCUGAAGAGCAUGCCAAGCAAAAAGAACUCGAGAAAAAACGAGCGGAAGGCGAGAACGAUUUGGGGCGGACGAAAAAGAAAAAAGAAGUGCGUUACGAUGAUGAGGAUGAGGACGAGGGUCCCCAGCCGGACGCUACCUUGGAGCAAGGUCUACCACUGCCGGUGCGCAUGCAAGGGUCCUUCCCGCUCGAACUCGCCUCUACACCACUCGAGGACAUCGACCCCUUCUACCACAAUCAAACAACCUUCGUAGUUAUAAGCAAGGGUAAAGAUAUCUUCAGAUUUUCGGCGACAAAUGCUCUGUGGAUAUUAGACCCAUUUAAUCCCAUAAGAAGAGUGGCUAUAUACAUAUUGGUACAUCCUUUGUUUUCGCUGUUCAUUAUUACGACAAUCUUAGUGAAUUGCAUACUUAUGAUAAUGCCUACAACGCCAACAGUUGAAAGUACUGAAGUUAUCUUUACCGGGAUCUACACGUUUGAAUCAGCGGUGAAAGUAAUGGCCAGGGGUUUUAUACUACAGCCAUUCACAUACCUUAGAGAUGCAUGGAAUUGGCUUGACUUCGUAGUUAUAGCUUUAGCUUAUGUGACGAUGGGCAUAGAUCUCGGAAACCUAGCCGCUCUGAGAACGUUCAGGGUACUACGAGCGUUGAAGACUGUGGCCAUAGUACCGGGCUUGAAGACGAUCGUCGGUGCUGUUAUAGAAUCCGUGAAAAAUCUCCGUGAUGUAAUAAUUUUAACGAUGUUUUCGCUGUCCGUAUUCGCGUUGAUGGGCCUACAGAUUUACAUGGGAGUUUUGACGCAGAAGUGUGUCAAAGUGUUCCCGGAGGAUGGCUCUUGGGGUAACCUGACCGACGAGAACUGGGAGAGGUUUUGUCAGAACGAAACUAACUGGUAUGGAGAAGGGGGUGAUUAUCCUUUAUGCGGCAAUUCAUCAGGGGCAGGACAAUGCGAACCGGGUUACGUUUGUCUUCAAGGCUUCGGUCCAAAUCCGAACUACGGAUAUACAAGCUUCGACACCUUCGGUUGGGCAUUUCUAUCAGCUUUCCGUCUAAUGACACAGGAUUAUUGGGAAAAUCUCUAUCAAUUGGUCUUAAGAUCAGCUGGCUCGUGGCACGUAUUGUUUUUCGUAGUGAUAAUAUUCCUGGGAUCUUUUUAUCUGGUGAACUUGAUUUUGGCUAUCGUCGCCAUGUCAUACGAUGAGCUACAGAAGAAAGCCGAAGAAGAAGAACAAGCAGAAGAAGAAGCUUUACGGGAGGCAGAGCAGAAAGCGGCAGCGAGAGCGGACAAACAAGAAGCACGAGAAGCCCACGCGAGAGAACAAGCGGCGGCCGCGGAGGCUGCAGCUUACGCCGAGGCGCAUCCCGCCAAGUCGCCGAGUGACUUCUCCUGUCAAAGCUACGAGCUGUUCGUGAACCAGGAGCGGGGCAACCAAGACGACAAUACCCGGGAACGCAUGUCCCUACGUAGCGACCCCUUCCAGGACUCGGUGAGCACUCAGCCCGCGCACAAGCCCACCGCCACCGACACGCACGACUCCGCACGACGGCCGAGGAAGGUCAGCAUGGUCCCUCACCCCGAACGCAUUAAUAAAAUCGGCCAGUUGUCAUAUGGGCCACUGCGCGAGGGUUCACAGGCGUCUUUAUCAUUGCCUGGUUCUCCAUUCAAUUUGCGCCGUGGUUCACGUGGAUCUCAUCAGAUGGCUCUGAGACCUAACGGUAGACCGAGAUAUCCUCCCGGAGGGGAUCGGAAGCCACUGGUUUUGUCUACGUACCUCGAUGCACAGGAACACCUGCCUUAUGCUGAUGACUCGAACGCUGUCACACCGAUGUCUGAAGAAAAUGGUGCUAUCAUCAUCCCGGUUUAUUAUGCUAAUUUAGGAUCCCGACAUUCUUCAUACACGUCUCAUCAGUCACGUUUGUCUUACACGUCUCACGGGGACUUGUUGGGCGGAGGGAAAGCUCAAACUAAGGAAGCUAGAUUACGCGGCAGGUCCGCUUCUAGGAACCACAGUGUGACGUCACAGCCUCACGCCUAUCCCUUACCUAGACAAGACUCCUCGCUAGCAUCUAGACCCCUUAGAGAAUAUGAAGUAAGUACGACUGAGUGCACAGACGAAGCUGGAAAAGUUCUGAAACCAUCAAGCGAUAAUCCGUUCAUAGAAUCGUCACAGCAGCCUAACGUAGUGGAUAUGAGAGACGUAAUGGUAUUAAAUGAAAUCAUUGAACAGGCUGGACGUCAGAGUCGGGCGAGCGAACAAAACGCCGAAGACGAUGAAGAUGGACCCACAUUUAAGGAGAAACUACUCGAUUGUCUAAUGAAAGGAAUAGACUUCUUCUGUGUGUGGGACUGUUGCUGGUUGUGGCUCGAGUUCCAAAAAUACGUAGCGCUGUUGGUGUUCGAUCCAUUCGUCGAGCUGUUUAUCACCCUUUGUAUUGUUGUGAAUACACUAUUUAUGGCUCUGGACCAUCAUAACAUGGAUAAAGACAUGGACAAAGCGUUAAAAAGCGGCAAUUAUUUCUUCACGGCGACAUUCGGCAUAGAAGCAACACUAAAAUUAAUAGCAAUGAGCCCGAAAUAUUAUUUCCAAGAGGGAUGGAAUAUUUUUGAUUUCAUUAUUGUGGCCUUAUCACUGCUUGAAUUGGGGCUUGAGGGUGUUCAGGGUUUGUCGGUAUUACGAUCGUUUCGUUUGCUACGUGUAUUUAAACUGGCCAAGUCUUGGCCGGCGCUAAACCUUAUUAUAUCCAUAAUGGGUAGGACGGUGGGAGCUUUAGGGAACUUGACCUUUGUACUUUGCAUCAUUAUAUUCAUAUUUGCGGUGAUGGGAAUGCAGUUGUUUGGGAAGAACUACACAGAUUACGUAGACCGGUUUCCUGAUGGGGACCUUCCUCGGUGGAACUUCACGGAUUUUAUGCACAGUUUUAUGAUCGUAUUCCGAGUGCUAUGCGGAGAAUGGAUAGAAAGCAUGUGGGAUUGUAUGUUGGUUGGAGAUGUAUCUUGCAUACCAUUUUUCUUGGCAACCGUCGUUAUCGGAAACCUUGUGGUACUGAAUCUCUUCUUAGCCCUGUUGCUCUCCAAUUUUGGUUCCUCGAGCUUAUCAACCCCAACAGCUGAUCAAGACACGAACAAAAUCGCGGAGGCUUUCAACAGAAUAUCGAGGUUCAUUGACUGGAUAAAACGGAACGUCGCAGACUUCCUCAAGCUACUGAAAAACAAACUCACCAAUCAGAUAGCUAUACACGCGCCCGGCUUAAAAGCCGCUUUGUGUGGUCGCUGUGUCUCCUCAGAGCGGGUCGACAACGAAUUAGAACUAGGAACUGACCUCGAUGACGCCGUACUCUAUAAAGACAAGAAACUCAAAGAUCAAGUCGAAGUGGCUAUCGGAGAUGGAAUGGAAUUCACAAUACCAGGUGACAAUAAAUACAAAAAAGGUAAAAUUUUGAUGAAUAAUAUAAAUGCAAUAACAGAUAAUCACAGGGACAAUAGAUUAGACUGUGAACUGAAUCAUCAUGGAUAUCCUAUUCAGGAUGACGACACUAUAAGUCAAAAAUCUUACGGUAGUCACAAAAUAAGAUCAUUCAAGGAUGAAAGCCACAAAGGAUCGGCCGAUACGAUAGAUGGAGAAGAAAAGAAAGAUGCAAGCAAAGAAGAACUUGGACUUGAAGAAGGUAGUAAUUUAGAAUUGAUCGAGGAAGACGAAGAGGGCAAACUUGAUGGUACUUUAGGUAAAACGGAUAUAAAAGUAGGGGCCGAUGAAGACGUUGUUGAUGAUACACCAGCCGAUUGUUGUCCGGAACAAUGCUAUCAAAAGUUUCCAUUUCUUGCUGGAGACGACGAUUCGCCUUUUUGGCAAGGCUGGGGCACUCUUCGGCUCAAAACGUUCAAACUCAUUGAAAACACUUACUUUGAGACUGCAGUUAUUACCAUGAUUUUACUGAGUAGUUUAGCAUUGGCUUUAGAAGACGUACAUUUACCACACCGUCCAAUACUUCAAGACAUUCUUUAUUACAUGGAUCGUAUCUUCACUGUUAUAUUCUUCAUUGAGAUGUUGAUCAAGUGGCUUGCUCUCGGAUUCCAAAAAUAUUUUACUAAUGCUUGGUGCUGGCUUGAUUUCAUCAUUGUGAUGGUCUCGCUUAUAAACUUCGUAGCGGCGCUUUGUGGUGCCGGAGGCAUUCAGGCGUUCAAAACGAUGAGAACACUGCGCGCACUGCGCCCGCUCAGAGCCAUGAGCCGCAUGCAGGGCAUGAGGGUUGUUGUGAACGCCCUGGUACAGGCAAUUCCAUCCAUCUUCAACGUACUCCUUGUAUGUCUAAUAUUCUGGCUCAUCUUCGCCAUUAUGGGUGUCCAGCUCUUUGCAGGAAAAUACUUUAAGUGCGUUGAUAUGAAUCACACCACUCUAAGCCACGAAAUCAUUCCGGAUAAAAAUGCAUGCACCUUAGAAAACUAUACAUGGGAAAAUUCACCAAUGAACUUUGAUCACGUGGGUAAAGCGUAUUUAUGUCUCUUCCAAGUGGCAACAUUCAAAGGCUGGAUCCAAAUUAUGAACGAUGCAAUUGACUCUAGGGAGGUGGGACGUCAGCCGAUUCGAGAAACUAACAUAUACAUGUACCUUUACUUUGUGUUCUUCAUUAUAUUCGGUUCAUUCUUCACUCUCAAUCUGUUUAUCGGAGUGAUCAUCGACAACUUCAACGAACAGAAAAAGAAAGCCGGGGGCAGUCUCGAAAUGUUCAUGACUGAAGAUCAAAAGAAAUACUAUAACGCCAUGAAGAAAAUGGGAUCUAAAAAGCCUUUGAAAGCGAUUCCAAGACCAAGGUGGCGACCACAAGCAAUCGUGUUCGAGAUAGUCACUGACAAGAAGUUUGACAUGAUUAUCAUGUUGUUCAUUGGAUUGAACAUGCUCACGAUGACAUUGGACCACUACCAGCAGUCGGAAACGUUUAGCGCCGUCCUCGACUAUCUCAAUAUGAUAUUCAUAGUGAUAUUUAGUUCAGAGUGCCUAUUGAAAAUAUUCGCCUUACGUUAUCACUAUUUUGUUGAACCAUGGAAUCUUUUCGAUUUCGUCGUAGUUAUGUUUUCUAUUCUUAGCUUGGUGCUUAGUGACAUUAUAGAAAAAUAUUUUGUAUCUCCUACGCUACUAAGAGUGGUGCGAGUAGCAAAAGUUGGUCGAGUCCUUCGACUCGUGAAAGGCGCUAAAGGGAUACGAACGUUGUUGUUCGCUUUGGCUAUGUCGCUGCCGGCUUUGUUCAAUAUUUGCCUACUCUUGUUCCUGGUCAUGUUUAUUUUUGCCAUAUUCGGCAUGUCAUUCUUCAUGCACGUUAAGGACAAAGGUGGUCUGGACGACGUGUAUAACUUCAAAACAUUCGUGCAGAGUAUGAUUUUACUGUUCCAGAUGUCAACGUCUGCCGGUUGGGAUGGAGUUUUAGAUGGUAUUAUAAAUGAGGAAGAAUGUGAUCUUCCCGACAACGAACGAGGAUCGCCAGGAAACUGUGGCUCUGCAACCAUAGGCAUAACUUACCUACUAUCAUACCUUGUCAUUUCUUUUCUCAUCGUCAUCAACAUGUACAUCGCCGUCAUUCUCGAGAAUUACUCUCAGGCAACAGAAGACGUGCAGGAAGGAUUGACAGAUGACGACUACGACAUGUACUACGAAAUCUGGCAGCGGUUCGACCCGGACGGUAGUCAGUACAUUAGAUACGAUCAGCUCUCAGAUUUCCUUGACGUCUUGGAACCGCCAUUACAAAUCCACAAACCUAACAAAUACAAAAUUAUAUCGAUGGACAUACCGAUAUGUCGCGGCGACAUGAUGUUCUGCGUCGACAUUCUCGACGCACUGACGAAGGAUUUCUUCGCUCGAAAAGGGAAUCCCAUUGAGGAGACGGGUGAUUUGGAAGUGGGUCGUCCUGAAGAAGCGGGCUACGAGCCAGUGUCGUCGACGCUGUGGCGGCAGCGCGAGGAGUACUGUGCGCGUCUGAUACAGCACGCGUGGCGACGGCAUCGGCGUGCACACGAGGAGCCCGAAGUGGGCGGCGGAGCGGAGGGUGCAGCCACGGCCGUGUUGCUGGACGCCGUGACCCCUAACGGUCACCGCGUGGUUCUGCAGGGUGGCGGCGCAGCCCCCCGACCCCCGGAGCCCGCGCCACCACCCGCGUCCGUCUGACCCACACUGGCGCUCGCGCUGCUGCCCGCGCUCGUCGACGACGCGCCGCUGCCGCUGCCCGCACCGCUACCAGAGCUCUUGAGCCCACCCAAGCGCACUUAAUUAUUUUUUACGCUAGACAA